AUGAUCCUCUUCCCCUUCCAGAAGCAUACAUCUAGGGCCGUCGCCACGCCCGCCAAACGCGCACCCCUCAUCCUCCUCGACCGCGAGACAACUCCCCCGGGACCAGGCGAAAUCCUCAUCCUGAACGAAUGGACCGCCUCCAGCCCGCUCGACCUCCACCGCGCCGACGGCGGCCUUCUCUGCAACCACCCGGAAGUCAUGGGCGGCGGCGCGGCGGGCACCGUGGUAGCCGUCGGCCCCGACCAGAACCCGGCGGACGCCGACAGACUGAAGCCGGGGGACAAGAUCUUUACGUUUGCGUUCCACCACUUUAGCGAGCGCGCGCACCAGGACUUCGCGACGGUGCCGGCGUAUUUGGUGUCGAAGCUGCCCGCGAAUGUCACGCCGCAGGAGGCCGCGACGGUGCCGACGAAUCUGAUUACCGUGUUCCAUGCCGUGACGGCGGAUCUGGGGCUAGAGCUGCCGUGGCCGAGACCUCAGGGGGAAGGAUGGGUGCUGCGGCACUGGGGGUACCGCAAUAUCCUGGCCGUGGCGAGCGAGAAGCACCACGCGCAGCUGAAGGCGAUGGGCGCGCGGAGCACGUUUAGUUACCGGGACGCCGACGUCGUGGAAAAGGUUCUGGGGGCUGUUGGUGAGCGGGGAGUGCCGUUCGUGUUGGAUUGUAUCGGGUCCGUCGAGGGCACGCUGAGGCCGUUGACGAAGAUUGCGGGCCGGGGAACAAGGGUUGCGGUUAUGUUGCCUGUUAUUGUGAGGGAUGCGACGGAGGAGGUUGAGCCUGUGUAUGAGAUGGAGGUGGGGGAUGUGCUGGUUGGGGAGUGGGCUGAUGGUGUUGAGCUCCGGGGGGUGAGGACGCAUUUCUACCUUGCGAAUGAGUUCUUCAAGGAAAAGAUGCAGAGAGAGAUUGUACCGACGCUCUUGGAGCAGGGCAUCAUCAAACCCAACAAGCAGAAGAUUGUCGAGGGCGCCACCAUGUUGGAAAGAGCGCAAAAGGCGAUUGAGUUGCUGAGAAAGAGGGAUCCCAGCGGUGAGCGUCUGGUCUGGAGAGUUUCGGAUCUUGAUCUGAAGCUGUGA